AUGUUGGAAUCAGAGAGGUUCAAGAAAAUCCAGAAGAACAGGAAAUGCUUUGCAUACAUUGGAAUCUUCAUUGUGUUCCAAAUCAUAGUCAUGACCGUUUUCGGAUUGACCGUGAUGAAGAUCAAAACCCCGAGCGUGAGGCUGAGGUCCGUGACUGUCCAAACCCUCGAAAGCACCUCCAAUACUUCCUUCACCGCAACUCUCAUUGCUGAAGUUACCGUGAAGAACAAGAAUUUCGGGAGCUACAGGUUCGAUGCCACUAAGGCUAAUGUGACCUACGGGGAUGUCACGCUGGGAAGUGGUGACAUUAUCAAGUCACGCGCCGGUUUGAAGAAGACGAAGAGAUUGAAUGUGACCAUUGACGUAAACUCGAGUGGGGUGUCGGAUAACAGCCUUGCCACUGAGCUGACUUCAGGGAAUGUGACACUGACGGCUCUUUCGAGGGUGACUGGUAAGGUGUCAUUGAUGGGGAUGAUGAAGAAGAGGAAGACCGCGAAUAUGAACUGCUCGAUGAUUGUUAAUGUUCCAAACAAGGUUGUUUACGAUUUGACUUGUAAAUGA